CUACUAAAUCUAUUUUGCUGCUCAUCGCAACUGUGAGUUUAGCCAGCUGUCAGUCUGUGCUGCUGCCUCAACAUUUAGGUUUUCUGUCGGUGUUUACGUGCUAGGGAGUUUAUAAUAAAGGCGUCGUUUGUCAAAAUGCCCAAAGGAGGUAAGAAGGGUGGCCACAAGGGUCGCAUGCGGACGUACACAAGCCCGGAGGAGAUAGAUGCCCAGAUGAAGGCAGAGAAGGAGAGGAAAAAGCAAGAACAGGAGCAAGAGGAGAGCGAGGGUGCAGCUCAGAAUGACAUGGCAGAAGAGAAGCUACCGGCGUCCGGAUCAGAUGAAAGCGAUGAUGAAAACUCCAUGAGGAGGAGAGCUGGCGUGGAGGGCUUAAUAGAAAUCGAUAAUCCCAACAGAGUGGCUCAGAAGUCCAAGAAGGUGACGCAGAUUGAAUUGGAAGAGCCCCGGCAGUUAUCAAGGAGGGAGAGAGAAGAGAUCGAGAAGCAGAAAGCAAAGGAGCGCUACAUGAAGAUGCACUUGGCAGGGAAGACGGACCAGGCCAAAGCUGAUCUCGCUCGCCUCGCUAUCAUCAGGAAACAGAGAGAGGAGGCGGCGAAGAAGAAAGAAGAAGAGAAAAAAGCAAAAGAAGCAGCGGCGGCAGCGGCUAGAGGAAUAAACUCCCUCUCACUCAAAUGAUGCCGAGUAUUUAUCAGAAGCAUUUCCACUCGUUCACGGACUGGCGCAAUAUAUAUUUGACUAUUUUUAAAGGAAGAUCUAUGAAGAGUUUUUGACAUUACUGUAACAUACAACCACUGGCAAAAUGGUGGAGGAGACACCAGACCAGUGGAGAAGGGUUGUGUAUAUUUUGGCGUGGAAUAAUGGCCUUGGUCCUUUCAGAAGGUAAAGCUACAACUGAGAUACAUCGGUCUUUAUGUACACUUGGAUAUUAAUUAUGGUAUAUGUAUCAAUGUACAAUUCUGACUUUGCUAACUGAGCUUUGCCACUAUGUUUUUUUGGGACGUGACAUUGUAUAUAACUGACUCAUGAAGGUAUUUCAGAUUAAUAUUAUGAAACAAGUACAACAUGUCUGUUCAUUUAUUUGAUACGUUGUAUGUGAGAAAGCUGCGAUGUGGUUGAUAGACUCCUCAGAUGUAGGAGUCCACACUGGUUCCACUGCUAUGAAAAUUAAAUGAGUCAAUAUUGCAGAUGUUUACUUUACAGCUGUGGAGCUGAAUAAGGCUUUUGAAGAGUAUUCGAGGGAAUGCAAUACAUAGGAAGUAAUACAUUUCGACACUCGCAGUAAUUUUAAGAUUAUUUCUGAAAUCUCGCAUACUGCUUGUGGGGCGUCAUGAUGACUAAAUAAAAGACUGGAAAUGUGUCCAAGCACCCAAAGUCAACAUGAAACAAGCAAAUGUGCAAAUGUUGGUGUGAUUUCUGUUCAGGAUCACAUGACAUCAAAUAUUAAAUUGUUUAUACAUAUUA